AUGGCGACUCGGGGCACCUGGCUCCUUGUGAUGCUGCUCAUGGCAGGGUUCUGCGCCCUGGCACUGACCGAGAAACCUUCCGCCUGCCGGUGCUCCCGGCUGGACCCCGAGAACAGGAAGAACUGCGGCUUCCCUGGCAUCACCAGUGACCAGUGCUUCGAAAACGGCUGCUGCUUCGACUCCAGCGUGAAGAACGUGCCCUGGUGUUACGAGCCGCUCCCCAAGCAAGAAUCGGAUCAGUGCGUCAUGGAGGUCUCGGCACGCAAGGACUGUGGCUACCCGGGCAUCAGCUCCGAGGAGUGUGCUGCUCGCAGCUGCUGCUUCUCCAACACCAUUCCACAAGUGCCCUGGUGCUUCUUCCCCAAGUCUGUACAAGACUGCCACUACUGA